AUGAACGAGAUUGCCACUACUUUGCCUUCUACCCAUCACAAGAUCAGCAUUCAGAUUUCACUCCUCUAGUACUUUUAGAAGCACAGUUUCUCCAUAGGUCUUUGCCUUUAUAGAGUAAUAACAGGACGAUCAGUCCCAAGAAGCUCCCCAAAAUGGCAAGAAAUGAGGCGAAAAAGAAUCACACUCCCACAAACCGUUGGAAACACAGAUACAAGAAAGUCCUGCUGCACAUCAGCAGCAAAAGCUGAAAAGGGUUGUUUUGUUGUGCACUCUUCAGAUCAAAAGCGCCUUUUGCUUCCUCUUCAAUGCCUCAACAACCAAAUCAUCCUAGAACUAUUCGAAAUGGCAGAAGAAGAGUUCGGAUCACAAAGCACGGGACCUCUCACAUUACCAUGCGAGGCUGAGCUCAUAGAAUAUGCAAUCACUCUGAUCAAACAGCAGGUCACUAGAGACAUAGAAAAAGCAUUACUGACUUCCAUAGCUCGUAGUUUCUGUUCUUUGUCUUCCAAUCUUCAACAUCAAAGAACAAACCAUCAAAUACCCAUUUGUAGCUUCUGAAGAGUUCAUGUACAAAUCAGAUUUUUUAUCAGAAAUCUUAUCUUCUUUUUUUUUUUUUAACUGUCUGAUCAAGUUCAUGUACCCAUAUACCCAUAAUUAGAAUAUUCCAAUCCCAUCAAAGUCAAAAACACAGUUCCUUCUUUG